AGAAACCGCCGAGAAACCUAUAUGGCAGAGCCAGGAAGGACUGUGAGGGUGAGUGGUCUGCCAACAGACAUUGAGAAUGACAGACUGAAAGACAAGCUUUUUAUCCACUUCCUGAGAGCCAAAAAUGGAGGAGGGGAAAUAUCCUCUGUCAAGUUUGUCAAGGCAACGCCCGUCUCUGCCCUCAUCACCUUCGAGGACAGUGGAGUGGCACAGAGAGUUAUUCGCCACAGCGGGCACAUUCUGGAAGUGGAUGAGAAGAAAUAUAAAGUCAUUGUAACUGAGCACCGUGAACGCCUGGACCCAAAUGAGGUCAUCUUAAGUUUAUCAGCAACUGUCGACUAUAACCUGCUUCCCGGGGGAAUAAAGACAUUGACAAGCCUUCAGAAGGGCCACCCUGAUAUCCAGAUAAACUACGAUGCUACUGAGACAUUGUGCACAUUGCAUGGUGCCUAUUCCAAAGUCCAAGCUGCCUUGGCACAACUACUUGGCCACACUGGAAUCCCACAAUCAGCAGAAAACAAAGACUCAGAUCAACCUGCCACCAGUGGCUACAGGUCUGUUCAGAUAGCACAGAAGCCUCAUAUCCAGGAGUCAAAAGAACAAAAAGGGAAGGGUCACGGUGGCAGGCCUUCUGAUGAGUACAACUCAGGCUCACAUAGAGACCUGACACCUGGUGGUAAUGGCCGGGAACAUACUGGCCAGACAGAGGGUGCAGCUCUACAGCUUCCUGGGCAUCCUACCAUGCCAGAGGAGGACUUCUCAUUAAUUGUGGAUGCUGACAUGUUCCAGUAUCUGCAGAAACACUGCAAAAAUGAAUACCAGGAUAUCCUUAGAAAGUAUGGUGUUGAUGUGGUGGAUGUGACAAAUCAGGGGUUGACUACUCUGUUUUUGCAGGUUGCAACAGAAGUUGGGGAGACUGGUCGAGAUAAGGAGUGCCUGAGGUUGGCAAGAAAGGCAAUAAGUAGGCUUUACCAAGAGAAUGAGACCAAGAUUCGUCGAGCCCAGCUCCCUAAGCGUAUCCUGUCCCCCAGGGGGGGACUGCAAAAGGCGUUGGAGGACUUGCGUCUGAGACAGCCCAAGCUUCUUAUGAAUGAAGAUGAUCAAAAUAUUUACAUUAUUGGGAGCAGUAGUGACAUAUCUGAAGCCAAGCAGUUUCUUCUCCUGGACCACAGCAAAGUGAGGGGUAAAAAAGAGGAAGUAGCCAGUCUCAGAUUUCCUUCAUAUGAUUCAGGUUCAUCAACUCAUGCUGAUGAGCAGAGAGUCCCCCUCACCAUUUCCUCCACUGUAGAUUCUCUCGAUGAUGGAAUAGGUCACCUGCUGAGGUCAGAGGAGGAUGAGAGUAAAGCUGAUGGAGCCAGAAGGUAUAAGCUAGCUGCUCGGUUUAAGGAUUCAGGGCUGGCUGCAUUAUGCAGUCGACCAACUGAAAUCACCUUACGAGGACUUUCAUCUCCCCGUAGACAAACACGCCUUGGGCCAAUGUUAGGGCAUGAUGUACUGUCAGAAACAGCAGACACUGCUAGUGAAAGAGUCUCCAGAGCAUUAACCCAAAACACUGGAGAGGACAUCUUGUUUAAGAGUGGAGAUGCUUUGCCUUCAGCCGCUUCUAUGCAGAAUAAAACCUUGAACUCACAUUUAACUGACACUCGGCCGAAGAGUUUAACAUCCCCCCUUAGCACAACUCAGUCCAGUUUGUCAGGAAAUCCACUUCCACCUGCUGGGUCUGGAUCCACCUUGAAGCGAGCCAGUAGUUUCUCAGGAACCCCACAGCAGAAGCCCCAAGUUGUGGGUCAAAAGAGUCAAGAUGACUCCAGCAAGUCCACAGUCAGAGCUAGGGGCAGGUCCUCUAGCUUCAGUACCCAUACAGAGAGAGACAAGCGGGAAGUCUUUAGUGCAGAGAUUAGAGUUUCCAUUGUGAUGUGGCAGCACAUUAAAGAAGCCUACAGCACCCGGUUGGAUGACCUGACUUCUGAUGUCCAGGUGAAAGAAAACCGCUCAGAGAGUAGUGGUGAGCUGACUGUCACCUUAAGAGGGGCAAACUCUUCCAAAGUGAGUUUAAGUCAGCAAGGUUUACAGAAGCUGGUUGAUUCAGUUAAUGUAGACUUUUCUGUGCAGGAGUUGUGUUUGUCAGAGCUGGGUAUCACUGACAGAGCGGAUGAAACCCUACAGGCUUGUUGCGCUGAGGUGCGCAGCCGGUUCAAGAAGGUUACCAUCCAAAUUUUAAAGAGGAGUUUAUAUCUUCUUGGUCCAAUGCAGUUGUGUUCUCAGGUACGUGCUUCACUGCAGGAGGUAUUUUCUGGAGAGUUAGCCCAAAUGCCCGAACAACAGGACUUCUCUUACCCCUCUACCUCCAACUGGAAUCCAUCCACAUCCACAAGGAAUGAGGACCAAACUACUAGUCUGCACUGUUACAGUAAUCCUCAGGUGAUGCUAGAGAGCCAAACAAGCAAAGCUGACGGAACUGGUGGUAGUCAGGAAAGGAGAACAAACCAUAGAAGUGACUUGUAUGAGCUUGUAAAUGGAUCUAUUAGCCAACCCUUAGCAAGGAAAAAUCCUGUCAUUAAGGAGAAAGUGACAGUGGAGAUGGAUGGACAGAAGACUGAGACAUUUGUCAGCCACUCUAAAAUUGGAAAUAAUAGAAGUGCGAGACAUGUCAAUGGUGUCGGGUCAACAACCUGUACCGAUAAAGACAUGGAGCUUCAGAAAGAGAGAACCGCACAUUCUACCCGAAAGGACAGUAUACAGCAAAGACAAACCGAGAUCCAGGACACCCCAGAGAAAUCCAGCUCAGGUGUGGGAGGCAUCUGUGUGUGCGGGAAGAGUGAGAAGGGAAUGAUGAGAACUAAGUGUGGGGCUACCGUGUGCUCAAAGUGCCUGGACACCAUACAUGUGCACUGCAAAGUCUGUCAUGAGACAGAGCCGACACCACGGGGCAUCCAGGGCAAAAUGAACCACGCUAAACUAAACAUCAGCGUACCAGGUCACAACAAAGACCAUGCUGUCAAGAUCACUUACUGCAUUCCUGAUGGUAUCCAAGGGGAGGGCCACCCUUUUCCAGGAAAACCAUUUCAAGGAGGGGUGUUUGAAGCCUUCCUUCCUGACUGCGAGAAGACGAGGAAGCUGCUGCCGAGGCUGGAGAAAGCCUUCAGGCAGGGACUCACCUUCACAGUGAGCAAAGAGACAGGGGCCAGGGUCAUCUGGGACUGUAUCCCACAUAAAACCAGCAUAUCUGGAGGCAAAUCAGGGAACGGUUACCCAGAUUCCAGUUACUUGACUCGCUUGUCUGAGGUCUUGACGUCCCAUGGGAUUAAGGAGCCAUCAGCCAAGUCUGAAGAAUAAGAGCAAUCUGAAGAGGGGUUCUUAUGUAGUUUUAUGUAAAUAUAAACAUUUGAUAUUUUUUGUCGUUAGAGCCAGUUGCACUGUAAUUGUAUGGUGAUUAGUACCAGGUUACAUUAUGUUUGAGCGAGUUCAUGAUUGAUGUCUCAAAAUGGAAAUAGACAUUUAAAUAUUUUUCAGAUAAUGGAGUUAUAGCAGCCAUUGCAGCUAAUUCUGAUUUUUUUAAUUCAAUAACCUGCCUCACCGUUGCUUUCAAAGGGGCAAUGUGACCAACCAUCGUUGUCUUAAUUAUUUCACAAAGCAUUCCUGAACAUUUUCAUAUUGUUUCAGUGUUAAUUUGUAAAGAAAUGCAUACUAUUCUGUGUAGUGUUCAUAGCACUGUAUAGUUCUACAUUUUAUACCGUCCUGUGUAGUUUUAAGAAUCUAGUUUAAAAACAAGCAGAUAUUUGUAGAAUACUCAUUAGGGAGUAAAAUGAUGACUUUGUAAAAAUGUGUUUGUCUGUCUUCACUUCUUAUUUAGAAUGAAAGGCACAGAAAUAAUAAAGCACAUCUCCUGA